AUGCAUCAGCUCACUGAUAAGAAAGAGAACUUGUCUCUUCUUACAGGGAACACCACCAGUAAAUUUCUACAGCACUUCUUUCUUUUCAUUUCAGAUUGCUCUGUUGAUGAAGACGGCUACUUCAUGUUUGCUGACUUUUGCUGUGUUAUGCACUCCAGAGACCCGACGACAGUGGAGUAUCUGAUCGAUUGGUAUUUUAACAAAGAGUUUACGAUGCAGUACAACAGCACAGUCGGCAAGUGGACGGGCCUCACUCCGGCUGGAUUAAUCACAGCAUCUCGGUUUAAUGAAGACAAAUUUGAUGUUGAGCAGAGAAAAGCAGAGAAACAACUGACUUGUGUCAAUAAUGUUGAUGCAGUAUUCAACGGAGUUCAGGAAAACAUAGCUGCACCCAGCAUGACUCUCCAGGAGGGAGAACACACUUCCAGCCAUGACACAAUACUCGUGUGCAGCGUUUAUGACUUCUACCCCCAACACAUCCUUGUGACUUGGUACCUGAAUGGACAGGAAGUGACUGAGGGUGUGACCAUAAGUGAAGUGAUGACAAAUGGAGACUGGACCUAUCAGGUUCACUCUUAUCUGGAGUGCACACCUAUCCCCAAGGACAGAGUCACCUGUACGAUAGAGCAUGUUAGCCUAAAGGAGCCCAAGAGUUCUUACUGGGACUCUUGCUUGAGACCAUCUGAAAGGAGUUAUCUAGCUGGAGGAGUUUGUGCUUUGCUCUUUGGAGCAUUAACUUUGUCUUUGGGACUGAUCUAUUACAGAAGAAAAACCUCUGAUCCAAAAUUGUCUGGUUCUCUAUAA